AGUAGUUGUUAUAAGUCAUCAAAGUUACGCAUUUGGAUGAGUGAAGAAUAUGGAUUGCGCGCUUCGUUUGCCCACGUCACUACUUCUUUCUCCUCUUCCCUUCUCCUCCCCGUUCCCACUCUGCAAAACCCCGCCUUUUCCUUUCAAGAACAACCGCUUCCCUGUCUCCUCCUUUUCCAUCACCAUUUCCAAUCAAAAUCGACGCUCCAGAUUCAUACCUGCUGCCUUACCCGACUCCGCGGACAAGCAAACCCUCGUGGGCCUCCCCGCCGAAGAUGCUGCGGGCGACGAGAAUAAUUUCGACAAUUCCCGGGUGAUUAUAUCGGCUUGCUUGGUCGGCGUCUUUACGGGAAUCGGCGUUGUUUUAUUCAACAACGGCGUGCGUGAGAUUCGCGACUUUUUCUGGGACGGGAUUCCUUAUAGAGGUGCUUCCUGGUUACGAGAGGAGCCCCUCGACUCGGUUUGGACACGUGUCAUUUUAGUGCCUGCAUGCGGCGGUUUAAUCGUUAGUGUCUUGAACGCUGCUAGAGACGCCGUUUCGGAAGCUAGUUAUAAUGCCAAAAGUGCGUUGGGUUCUUUUUUGAAAGCGGUUGCGGCUUGUGUCACUCUGGGGACUGGUAAUUCCUUAGGACCCGAAGGUCCAAGCGUCGAGAUUGGUUCGUCCAUUGCUAAAGAAAUUCAUUCUCUUUUGGACAAAAAUCCUCAAACCAAGCUCUCUCUUUUGGCUGCUGGCUCAGCUGCUGGAAUCUCUUCCGGUUUCAACGCGGCCGUUGCGGGUUGCUUUUUCGCUGUUGAGUCAGUUUUAUGGCCAUCAUCGCCAGCGGAUUCAUCAGUGUCUCUUACUAACACAACUUCAAUGGUUAUUCUUAGCGCAGUUAUAGCUUCCGUGAUCUCUGAAGUUGGUCUUGGUUUUGAACCUGCCUUUAAGGUUCCUGAGUAUGAUUUCCGGUCCCCUGGUGAACUUCCACUUUAUCUAUUGCUGGGUAUACUUUGUGGCUUGGUUUCGUUGACGUUUUCCAAAUUGACAUCUUACUUAUUGGGUGCUGUGGACGAUCUUAACAAGGAUGUUGGGAUACCAAAGCCUAUGUUUCCUGUAGUUGGGGGACUAACCGUUGGUGUAAUAGCCUUGGCAUAUCCUGAAAUUCUAUACUGGGGUUUCGAGAAUGUAGACAUUUUGAUAGAAUCUCGGCCAUUCGUGAAAGGUCUUUCGGGUGAUCUCUUGUUUCAGCUGGUGGCAGUCAAGAUUAUUGCAACCUCUUUGUGCCGGGCCUUUGGGUUAGUAGGAGGGUAUUAUGCUCCAUCACUUUUUAUUGGUGCAGCAACUGGGAUGGCAUAUGGGAAAUUCAUCAGUUUUGCAAUUGCUCAGUCUAAUCCAGCCAUUCACCUUUCCAUCUUAGAAGUGGCAUCACCACAAGCAUAUGGCCUGGUUGGCAUGGCUGCAACCCUUGCAGGGGUCUGUCAGGUACCUCUUACUGCAGUUCUGCUUCUUUUUGAGUUGACACAGGAUUAUCGGAUAGUUUUACCUUUACUAGCAGCUGUUGGACUUUCUUCAUGGGUUACAUCUGGCAAGAUGACAAGAAAGGCUGUGAAGGGGACCAAAGCACUCCAAGAUGGAAACAGUCGUACGAAUCAACAGCCUGAAGCAUCAGAUAAUACAAAUGGUCUAUCUUCUACUGAUACACCACCUGAUAAGGCACCUUAUUUCAAUAACCUUUGUGAAUUUGAAAGUUCACUCUGCAUUGAUGAUUCCAGUAUUAGAACCAAGGAUUUAGAGAAGAGAAUUUUUGUUUCAGAAGCCAUGAGGACAAGAUAUGUGACAGUUAUGAUAAGUACUUUACUUACUGAAGCAGUGAAUCUUAUGCUUGCGGAAAAGCAGUCUUGUGCAAUCAUUGUUGACAAUGACAACCUUUUACUGGGUUUAUUGACACUUACAGAUAUUCACGAGUUCAGCAAAUUUGCAAAAGACAAAAGCUUAGACUCCAAGUUGCUUUUGGUAUCUGAAAUAUGUUCACCAGAUGGUGCAAAAUGUAAAGUGCCAUGGGCAGCUACACCUACCAUGGAUAUUCUGUCUGCUGAAAUGAUCAUGAAUAAACAUGGUCUGAGUCAAGUUCCAGUUAUGUCUGAGCAUGUUAAAGGCUGCCAAGGACGUCCAAUUGGCCUUCUGGACAGAGAAUGUAUCAGUCUAACUUGCAGAGCUUUAGCUACAAGAGAAUCUCUUGAAUUUGACACGGUAAAGGCAGUUGUGAAAUGAGGAUGAAGCCUGCCCUCACACAUGAUAUGAGACGAGAGAGUAAUUGACAUGACAGAUUUUGUCCUAGCCAGGGAAAGGUAAUUUGUCUAUGUAUGGAUCAAUCUCCUUUCUUAAAUAGCCUCAUUGGAAGCUAAAUCACCCCAGAUAAACAUUGGGAGCUGAGAUUUGAUCCCAGCUGUCCUGUGCAUGGAUGGAACAACUGGAAGGUUUCUUUUGUUUCAAGCAGGGUUAAGAGUAGCUUGCAAAACUGUUCAACAGUUCAUAAUUGAAAAGGUGGAAAAUUUUGCAAGCUGGUGCCACAGACAAACAGGAAAAGAGAAUUUGUUCAAAUAGGAGUGUUACAUGAGGUAUCAUAGUUUUGUUCGAAAAGUUUUAUUCUUAUAUAUUAGCUCUUCAUUUGUGAUUUCUCUAACUUACACUAGUAGAGGCGGUUAUACUGCAAUAGUUAUAUACUUUGUCUUGCAUUGGUAUAAAGCAUUCCAUCUAGCACAAUUUAGGUUGCUUCUGAUAUCAGAUGAUAUUAAUUUUUUUUAGCCUUUUCGAUGGAUGACAUGAUCUUUGUAUUUAUAGGAAGCAAAACAAAACAAAACAAAUUAGUUGUAGACCCGUACGGAUGGUAGAUCCUCCAUUUUGACAUUCCUGUUUAAACAAAAUGUAGAAGGGUAAGAUGCACUUUUCAAAAGUAAACUAGAAAUUUGGCCUACGCUUAAAAAAUUUUUUAUCUAAUUUUUUCUAAUUAGGUGAAAUACCAGCAA